AUCCCUUCAUAUCCUUGUCAGCAUGCGUGACAUGCAAGCGCUAGAGACCCGGCCGAUGGUACUUAUGUGCAAUUGUUGUAGCACUUGUGUUCCGCCAAUCCCCGAAUAUUGUGUGCAUCAUGUCACUCAAAACUGUGGUAUGUCUGAGCGUAAAAUCAGCACAUACUUCACUCGGCAGUUGUUCCAUGAACCAAUGAACCAAGUUGCCGCUAUACAGUGAUGCAGUGAAGUAUCAGACGGUAUCGGCGAUAUUAGGAC